AUGGCAGACCGAUCGAUGCAUCGCAGAGCACGUGGCGCCGUGUGCCCUAGAAACGCAACAGCUCUCGAGUGGAAAUUGCGGAGUGUGGGAACAAAAAUAUGCGGGAAGCAGGAGGGGAGCACUCACAGAGAAUUGGACGUCCCGGCCCUAGAACUCCCUAUCCCAGUAGAGGACGCCCUUACGGAUUGCCGUAUCCUCCUGGCAACCUUCAACGGUCUGGACAGGUGCCCCCGCUCCAGUUCCUGUAUUCGUCCCGUCACUCAAGAUGCUACGGAAAAAUGUGUUGAGGCUCACGCAUGCUACUUAAGGUUGCCGGCAGUAGAAAAACGGGCCUGUCCGGAACCACGGGAGCCUAUGUGUUAUUCGCUGAACCCUUGUAAGCCAAAAAAUUGCACAAUCAAAUGCGGAAAUAGGAGGAAGGAUUUAUAUUCAGUCGUUAGCGCUACGACCGCGGACCUUGCUUCAGCCGCUAUUCAAGCCCGGACGGAAGUUUAAACGAAACUUGCACUGCGGGCCGAUUAUUGAAAGUGAUAGACAAAGCUAUAGACAAAGACGACAAAAAGGAUUUGGAGGGAUCCUAUUAGUGGAAGCAGGUGGUGGCAAUGGACAAAGGAGGUAGG